AUGCCGAUCAGAUCACCGUAUCCCGAUAUUCAGAUCCCGAAUGUGGACCUUUGGGGUCUGAUGUUUGAACAGCCACGAGAUUUUCCUGAUUCCCAAGUGAUAUACCGGGCGGUAGAUUCUACCCGUCAAUAUACAUGGUCCGAUGUCAAAGAGGCUGCCACAGCGUUCGGCGCUGGUCUCAGAAACCUGUGGGACUGGCAAAAGGGUGAUGUCCUGAACGUCUUCGCGCCUAACGAUGUCGACAUGGGCCCCAUCAUCUAUGGCGUUUUCUAUGCUGGAGGUAUUGUAUCGCCGGCCAAUCCGGCAUACUCAGCGGACGAACUUUCGUUUCAAUUGUCCAACUCCGGCUCCAAAGCUAUCGUCACGACCAGCCGCUUCUGGCCCACCGCGGUGAAAGCGGCUAAGAAGUCGAAUAUCCCUGAAGACCGCGUGAUAUUACUGGGCAGUGAUCGGGACCCAAGCCACAAAAUCAAACACUGGACCAACAUUCGCAAGACUUCUGGCGCGAUUCGAUAUCGGCGGCGCAAAAUGGAUUCAGACAAAGACCUCGCUUUCCUGGUAUACAGCUCAGGAACAACGGGCCUGCCAAAAGGAGUGAUGUUAAGUCAUCGGAACAUCAUCGCCGACGUCCUUAUGCUGAAAGGGGCCAUGGGGAAAUGGUACUCCAGCGGAGAGGACAAGAUUUUGGGAGUAUUACCUUUCUUCCACAUAUAUGGACUCACUGGCCUCGUCCACCAGCCUCUGCACCGGGGCAUUGAGCUCGUGGUGAUGCCAGCUUUCAAUCUGGAGGUGUUUUUGAGAGCCAUUCAAGAACACAGAAUCACUUUCAUUUACGUUGCUCCUCCAGUGGUCGUGCGACUGGCUCGUGAUGAAUUGGUAGACAAGUAUGACUUGAGCAGCGUGAAGAUGAUCACAAGUGGAGCGGCCCCUCUGACCCGCGAAUUGGUUGACACCGUGCACAAACGGCUCAAAAUCAAAAUUAACCAGGCGUACGGAUUGUCAGAAACCUCUCCGAUGACGCAUACUCAACCGUGGGACGAGUGGUAUUCAUCGGUCGGCAGCGUGGGCAAGAUGUUCCCCAGCAUGACGGCGAAAUACAUGUCUCCCGACGGAAAAGAAUUGGGACCGGGCGAGGCCGGAGAACUAUGGCUCGCUGGACCAAACGUAUUCAAAGGAUAUUGGAAGAACGAAGAAGCCACCAAAGACGCAAUGACGCCAGACGGGUAUUUCAAGACGGGAGACGUAGGUUAUCAGGAUCAAAAUCACAACUUCUACAUCACCGAUCGAGUCAAGGAGUUGAUCAAGUAUAAAGGUUUCCAGGUCGCCCCUGCCGAACUCGAGGGCAAACUUAUGGAUCAUCCCAGGAUCAACGAUGUCGCUGUGAUUGGCGUGUACGAUGAAGAACAGCACACCGAAGUGCCCCGGGCGUAUGUGGUGGCCAGCCAGGGACACGAUAGCGAGAAAGGUGCAGAAGAGAUCGUGCAGUGGUUGGCAGACAAAGUGGCCAGCCAUAAGAGGCUGAGGGGCGGUGUGAGGUUUGUGGACCAGAUCCCCAAGAGCGCGGCAGGCAAGAUCCUGCGGCGGAUGCUGAAAGAUAAGGCUAAAGAGGAAGAGAAGAGCGCCAAAGCCAAGUUGUGA